AUGAGACAAAGCACAUCGACGAGUACAGUAAUCUUCGUGACACUCAUUUUAAUUCUCAGGAUAUGUGACGGUGAGAACGAUCCUUCCGUCCCUACUGUAAUCCCGUUCAUCCCUUUUCAGCCCAAAACAUUGAUGUCUCACAAGAACGCAUCCCCGAGCAACUUCGCUACUUUGAGCCCUCAACUUCCGGCCCGAGCACCGAAGAAGAGUUCAUUCCCCUUUCGCCUGUCAGACGUGCUCGGCGAGCAGCUCCGAUUCCGAAGAGAAGUGUGGCGUCGGAGGAAUCAGACGAGGAGACGGAUCCGGCAACUGUGACGGUGCCGCCAGACGUGGAUGUGGAGAAGGAUUCGGUGAGAACGAAGAGCAUGAAAGCAUGGAGAUCCUUCGGUGGCCUCGAGAAAUAAACGUUCUCCUCUCGUUUUCUGUGUUCGUUGCUUCUUGUGUUUCUUUCUUUUCCUGCAUGCUCCUUCCAUAAAUUGCAUCCCUUCUUUCCGCAUGAUGUCUUCCGAAGACGAGACAAUAAUUGAGAGGGUCUUUCAUUUUAGGUGGAUCAUCAAUAUUAUCAAGCGGAAACGUAUGUUGGAGACGAGGAGAAACUGAAAAAGUAUUGGGUAAACGUGGAGCAAUUUAUGAAGAAGCCGAAGACGGUCGGAAACACGAGUCAUCCACUUCUGAGCCAGAGUUACAGAAGAGCAGUGGUCAGUCGGCUCUUGCUCAAUUCUCUUCAGAACCACUAACUUUUAGGGUGCUCGCCUCCAGUUCAAAUUCCCGUUCUACGGCCACAAAAUGGCCAACCUGACGAUCGCAACGGGCGGUUUCAUUUACAUCGGAGAUCACACGCACAACUGGCUGGCCGCCACGCAGUACAUUGCUCCGUUGAUGGCCAACUUCCACACUUAUUUGAAUGUGAGUUUUGAUCAAAUGGGACAAUUUCCUUUUAAAAAUCCUGUUCAGAAUUCAAAUAUCGUUUACGCGGAUGACGGAGAAUCGUUCGUUGUUGAGUGGAGGAAUGUGCAAUUGAAAGAGGACAAGGAGAAGAGUGAGUUAGGGGAAUCCAGCAGAAAAUGACCGAAAGAAUCAUUCCAGAUGCGUUCACUUUCCAAGCAAUCCUUCACAAAAAUGGAGACAUCGUGUUCAUCUACAGAGACGUUCCUUAUGACAUCUCCAACAUUUCCGACGCGAACCACCCAGUCAAGUUGGGAAUCUCCGACGCCUACAUGUUCAAACACAAUCUUCACCAGUCGACGGCGCCGAAAAGGGUCAUCUACGAGUACCAUCGCAUCGAGCUGGCCGCCAAGAAGAUCGUCUCCAACACGGUCGUAAUUCUGAAGGCGCAACCAAGUGAGUUUUGUUUUGGAGCACGUCUCCCAACCAUUAUCCUUACUCCAGCCUGCAUCUCCUUCGACACUUGUCACUCUUGUACGAAUGCCUCAAUCCCCCACUUCAAUUGUCUGUGGUGUCACGCCAAAAAGACGCACGGCGGUCCGUUCUGCACGGACGAGGCCGGCCUUCAUCGCCGCCGUCAACAGUGGUUCGAGGGAAACUGCUAUCAACGCAGCAAGGCAUUGUACUGUGAUACUACGGAUGAUGAGGAUGAGACGUACGACGAGGAGGACUAUGCUCCGGUGAGACAAAAGCCGCUACCGGAGAGAUCGGAGAAGACGGUGCUUCCGUUGGAUACGGACAAGCAGAAAACGUCGGACAAGUCGACGGAAUCCGGAGAGAACGAAGCGCUGAAGAAGAGGAAGAAGGAGGAAGCGGGCGGCGGAACUGCCACGUUGACGCUCAUCGUUCUUUUGUUAGUCUGCUUCGUCGCCUGGCUGGCGUACGCUUACUACAACCCACACACCACAAGCGGCCAAUUACUAAUCAGGGUAAGAAGCGAGCGACCGUAACCCUCGCCCCAAUAGUCGUCUUUUCAGUACCGCCCAUCUCGCUGGCACGUGCCUAGCAGUCACGUCCGAUACAGUGCCUCCGUUCACAUGUAA